AUGGAUGUGGACCAUGAGCCCAAAGAAAGUGAGGCCGUCGCGACUGAAGGUACUGAAGAGAUUGCUGAAGCGCAAGGUCCUUUUCCUGGGUGUGGUGACCGUGAAUCUUUGGACAUGGUGUUGGCAAAGGCUGCAGCGCCAAAGGACCCUCAUCUUCUGUCUGAUUGGGACAAUUCCAGGCCUCCGACCAUCAACAUUGAGGACAGCCCAAGCGAGAGCAAGUCUGCCUCCCAUGACUUCGCUGCGGCGGCGGUGUCUGGGACAGCCUUUGAGAAGUACGAUCGGCUCCAGAAGCUUCUUGAGACAAUGAAAGGUCGCAUCAAAGAGCUCGAGGCUGCUUCUGCUGCAAAGCCUUCAGGAUGUGACGUGGUUGGCCCCUCAAACUGUGGAGCUUCCUCUUGCGAUGUGGCAGCCACUUCUGAGCCCAGGUUUGAGCGCACUGGCUCAAGCGUUGACAUCGGUGAAACACUGCUUCAAUGUGAUGUGGCAGACACGCAAGCAGCGUUCAACAUUUUUCUCGAUGAGACCUUGCCUCUUGAUGUCUCAGAAGAGGUUCCCAAGUUGCAUCGCACUAGCGCUCCGCCGGCCAGGUCUCAAGAUGUUGAGCCUUCACAGCGGGAUGUCAACAUGGACAACAAUGAUGAGCAGGAGAUUGCGCCCGUCAACUUGGACUCUGCUUUCAAAGCUGCUUCCUCAGAGCCCGAGCAGGCUGCUGAGCCGACCAUGGAUGCUUUGGAACCUAUCCACCGCAAGUGUGAGGAUCCACCUGUUGAACCUGUCGGAGAGGACCUGCCCAAGAAUGAUGGCGGUGGCGGCGAACCUCCGGCCGAGCAAGCCUCCAAAGUUGGUGCCGCUUCUGAGCUGAUCUCCCCCGUCAAGGACCUUGAUGAGCCUCCGGCUACCAAAGAAGACCAGCUCAAACUGGCAGCCGCGGCCAAAGCAAAGGCGAAGGCCAAUGCUGCCAAUAGGGCGGAGGGCAAGGCCAAGGGGAAGGCCAAAGCCAAGGCCAAGGGGAGACCCAAGGCCAAGGGCAAACCCAAGGCCAAGGGGAAACCCAAGGCCAAGGCAAAAAGCAAGGCAAAGGCCAAAGCCAAGGCCAGUUCCCCGCUGCCCGAAGGCGAGGUGCAGCCGGAGGCUGAUGCACUGCAGCCUGAUGGUGCUGACAAGGCCAAGCAACCAUGGAGGCCGAGGAAGACCAAAGCGGCAGCAAACAAUGAGGAUGUGAAUGCCCCAGAGCCACGGCCUCCAAAGGCCAAGACAGCUCGAAUUGCUGAGAAGGAGAAGGACAAGACUGAUGGGCUUCCCGCAGAUGUCAAGAAAGCCGAUGAUGAGGGAAAGAUUCCCAACACCUUUGGGGGCCGAGCCCGCCCAGAGGGGGGAUGGGCAUUCGAGAAAUAUGCCAGGACCACGAUGGCCUUCGAGGAGAGCAUUCAGCCAAGCUUGCCAAAGGGUGCCAAGAACAAAGCCCAGGCACCACAGAAAGUGGAGACACCGCCCAAGGAGAAGCCUGGACGGAGGGCAAAACCUGAUCCUCUGGCUCCUUCUGAGACCGUGCAGAAUGCUGAGAUGAAGGAAGCCUCUGGUGGCGACAAGCCAUCUUCUGAGGGGGCAGAUUGA